AUGACAGCCACUGGGUUCAUAUGUGCCAACUGGGGCCUCGAGCAGACGGCUUGCAAAAAAGAAGGCAGAUACACGUGCAAAAAUUGUUGCCUCAUCAUUUACUGCGGUCCAAUAUGCCAAAAGUCACACUGGUCCCACCAUAAAAUCGAAUGUAAGUCGACCGUGGGAAAGAAAACCUGGCAGCCAGCCUGGGUCCUCGAAAAAAGAACUCCAGCAUUUAUCCGAACCGGCAUCGGAGUGACGUUGGGGGCGGAGAAGUACCUUUGGGGUAACGUCUCUGCCAUUGACAUCGUUAAACUGGGAUCGAAUGAAGGAGACAGAUAUGCUGGAGAUCUUCGCCUCUUGUUUGCAGCUUCGGGAGACCUUCGUAAUGUUGUCAAGACGAUCUCCUACCUUCCAAGCAGCUAUAAACAUUCUCUCCAAGUCACGAUAAAUGACAGAGAUUUUGACAUCAUGGCCCGUAAUGUGAUUCUGCUUCUUGUUGCCCUAGUUGUUGAGAAAUCUGAGGAUGCCACCGAUUGCAUCAUUCACCUCUGGUACUCGGCUGUCGUCCGCGAAUUAGACAUUGAGAUUCUUCACAAUCGUAUCCGGCCUCUGAUCGAAGAUAAGCCAUCUGGAAGUCUCCUCGCGAAGACAUGGACAUUUGGGCGGUGCUCACUGAGAAUUGCUCUGAAGCAAUCAUCGUGGAAUCACCUUUUAAACCUUUUCAACAAACCAGCCGGCUUAACGGCCGAGCAGGCACAGAGAAUACGCGCAGCCAACACCCUAGCCCGUUCAAGGAGGGACUAUCGCGACCGAUACAUGUCCUGCCUUUCGCCUAUCCAACGGAUCUGUUUUAACAAAUUUCGUCAGGACGGCCUCUUGCUUCCCUUCGGAUUCCCGCGCCAUGAUUUCAGGGAGCCAAACCCGACAUUUUUCCAGACGGCUGAUACCUGGCCGAUGAAAGACAACGCGGAUCCUCUUCAUGGGUGGUCUUUUGAAGAGGUUUUAAACACAACAAGCGGAGCUGCAACUGCUGAUAUUUACGGCAAGCUAUAUUUUCACAUUCGGGAACUGCUUCACUCCUUUUUUCAUCGAAUUUCUAGUUCGAAAAUUUCCUUUCAACUUCUUAAUCUUGAAGCCUCUUCCCUUCCUGAUCAUCUGGAUAGCGAUUCUUUUAGCCGAAUCGAUGUAUCAAACAUUUCCGAUAGGGGCUGGCUGGGAAUUCACCGCACACUACACUUGAUGGUUCCUUUGCUUCAGACUCCUUUACAGAACCCACAUGCCACCUUGAUAACCCUCUUUAUGAACGCGGUUGACGAAACCUUGACCGACGGAGAUAAAAUGAAGGAAUUGACUUUACACAGCCGAGCAACAAAGUAUCUACUCCGCUAUCGUCCUCCAAACGGAACCAAAAGUUCCGAAUACGAUGCCGCGCUUAUCAAAUUUACAGUUGGUCGUGAACUUGUCACACCCUAUGACCACAUUUUUGACAGGUUUGUGAAGGACUUUGAGUUCCAUAAGGCUGGUGAAAUUUUCGGCGCAACGAUGAAGGAAAAACAUACUAUAAUCGAGAAAUGGCCGUACAGGUUAAAACUCCGGCCCGGCCAGCCCGGAGCUCAAGAUGAGUUUGAUCGCUGCAUGAGGCAAGGUGUUUCAGGGAAGGAGCGCUAUGUAGAGUGGAAGAGAAUCCAUCGGGGCAUACUCUGA